AUGAAGAAUUCCACAAAUGAAACUAACAACGACAGCCCAAAAGAUGAACAACACCAACCAAAACUGAAGUUAGAAAUCAAAAUGAUGGGAGUCAUAACAAACUGCAAUUUCUAUAUCCCAGAUGCAACUGGAGACAUCAAUGGUAUGGCUUUCCGUAUGGCUUAUAAGGCUGCCUUGGAUUCCAAGAAUAACAAAGAUUUAUGUGCUUGUAUUGCUUCUAUGUUAUGCUCUGUCGUUCCUGGAUUUAAAACCAACAUCGAGACAGCACUGCAUGAAAUAUGCAUCAAGCCUCAUUUCAUUAGUUUGCCAUCCCAGGCUGAUGAAAACAAAAUAAUGGAUUCCGAGCUUCCUCCAUUGGACUGGCCUUCCAUCCUUGUAAUGUUUGGAUAUUGUAUCCUUCUUCUUUUCGAGCUUAAAUAUACUUUAUCAGUUGGUUAUGACAUUCAUAUAGUAAGUUGUAUUCGUAGUCUGAAAACUGCAGCUAAAUGCGACCCAAACAGCAAACUCGGUAUCCCUUUUGAUAGAACAAAAGCAGAUUCAGUUUACGCAAUGCUUUUUUCCCGUCAACUUCAAGAAACUGUAAAGAAAUCCUUGAUCUCCAACAACAAUCAUACAAAUUCACAAGUUUCUAGUUUGUUCAAAUAUUUGAUUGCCAUAUUACGUUAA